AUAGAUUCUUAAGAUACUUGCCCCUCAGGCAGACUCCAUAUUUUCAAGAAAGCGCUUCUGAAAGGGUCACUCUCUGUGUACGAGAGCAAGCAUGUUCAAAGCUAUGUGGUCCGUAUGGGGUUACCUGAAAUGAGAAGCCUCCACAAACAUCAGUCGCCAAUCAGAUGCUUUACAGAUAAUUCUUCGGCAGAGCCGGGGGUGGAAGUUCCGGUGCGACCUUUCUUUGGUGAAGACGUGCCUCAUAUUACUCGUGCCAUGAUGACGUGCGUGCUGUGGGUGUUUUUUUGUAUUUUUUUUUGCAUUGUUGUUGCUUUACAGCAUGUCCGUUGUCCAUGAUCCGUUCACAUGCUAGAUCAAUACUUCAGAAUGAGAGAAUGUCUAGACACUCACCAUGUGAUCCCUGGUUUCCUCUUACCACGUCACCAUUUGUACCCGAAAAAACACUGGCAAUCAAACGCACCCCUGCAACACCGUUUAGAAACCGAAACCCAGCUCUUAUGCAGCAGGAAUUGUGUUUUUGCUUCCAUUUCUCGAACGAACGGAACUGUAACAGAUCUGACAGACUUCGCUGCAUUCAGAUCACUUGGUGGAUAGAUGGACAGAUGAAUGGAUUUAGAAGCAAAAAGCAGGCAGACAGAUGCACAUAUCGAUAAAUUGACAGGUAGAUCGGUGGAAGCGGUGGGUGCCCCUGUCUUGGCAAAGCCUCGGAUUCCGCAUCUGCCACAGUGCCGAUGGAUCCAAAAGGAUAAACCUGGUUGAAGUUACAGUGAGAAGACUGUCUGCGUCCCUUGUUCCUAGUACUACGGCCAGGAGCCCCGUUCGUAGCGUCCUUUGCUCCUAGUAGCGAUGCCAGGGGCCCCGUUCGUAGCGUCCUUGCUCCGUUCGUAGCGGUUUUCUAUCUUUAGAUCACACUUAGUUCCAUUUGACAGGUUGGAGUGGUAAAGGAAAGCGCCAUUCCCCACCCGGCCUGGGUUGCCAUGCAGCCUGAGAUCUCAGGUGAGGCGGCUGGGGCUAUUUGGAGGAGCAACAGCUGUGCAGAUGAGGUAAAAUGGCAAAGUCCUGGUUGGCACGAAGCCAUGAAGAUUGCCCGGGACACGGACAGCUGCGAUGGGGACCUGAACGGCCUCACGGUGAAGGAUGCCACAGACCACUUUGCCAGGCACUGCUGCGCUUCGUAUCCUGCGACCCUCUGCGACAAGGACGCCAGGAAGAUGACGCCUUGCAAGGACGAACAGGACUUCUUGAAGGACAAGGAGUUGCCAGGAGGAUUCUGCGACUUCAGGUCGGUCCCGCCCGCCACGGAUGUUUGCACUGCCCACCAGUGCACCGAGAGUGGCGGCGGUUGCCACUGCCAUGAGCGGGCGCCCUGUGAAGCCUUGGGGGGCACGUGGAAACCCUACACCUGCUCUGACGAGGUGGCUGCUUGGGGUUCAGAAGCCAUGAAAGCACUUCAGGAUGCCGACGAGGGGAAGGCCCAAUGCCCCGAUCUCACGAUGCUCGGUCAGGCCGUGCAGGAUGCGAUCGCCUACACGGCGCAGAAGUGCUGCGCUAGCUUUCCUGCCACAGUUUGCGAUAAGACGGCAAAGAAAAUGACUCCCUGCCAGCACACCAGCGAUUUCUUGCCAGACCAGGUGAUCUGGGCCUACUGCCACGUUGACUACCAGUUCACGCCCAAUGCCACGGUUUGCAAUGCUCAAACAGAUUGCCAGGGUGAUGAGCACUGGUGCCACUGCUGGUCGGAGACGGGCUGCGCAGCAGUGGGAGGCACCUGGAUGGAACAAACCUGUCGGAAGGAAAUUGAUGACUACUGGAGGCCGGAACAGCACAAGGUGCUGCAGUGGGCCGAGGGCAACGGCACCUGCGUGGACCAAGUCAUCGAUGGCUGGGUUCGGGCGGAGGACCAGGUCUGGUUGGCGAGCACCUGCUGCAGCAACUUCCCCUCGACCUUAUGCGAUCACGACGUGGAGCCCAUGACGCCCUGCAAGCGCCACGAGGACUUUUUGGCGACCAAAGUCCGCUACAGCUGGUGCAACGUGUACCCGAGCCCCGAGGAAUCGGCGUGCAUCGCCUCCGGCUGCAAGUACGAACACAGCUGGUGCCAAUGUGAGACAGAGGCUUCUUGCGCGACUGCAGGUGGUCAAUUCCAUAGCACGAAUUGCACCUCCGAGAUCCAGUGGUGGCAAGCGGACACCCACAAGGCCAUCAAGGAAGCCAUUGAUCAGGGGAGCUGCACCGGUGUUGAGACCCGCUGGAGCCCUGUGGAGAACUCUGUGAGCUGGCUAGGCGAGUGCUGCAGCAGUGGCAUGGAUGUUUGCCAGGAGCUCGCGAGCGGAUGAGCGCAGCGAGCUGGUAGAGACAGCCAGAAGGGUUGGAUUCUCAUGGAAAAAUAUGGAAAAAAGAGGUGCUGCUUCCAGCCGAAUAGCGAUGACCUCCAACCUAG